AUGGACUCCGGAGGGGAAAGAGAGAAAGGGUGGAUGGAAGACCAGUGGGAGAAAUGGUUGACCCAUGACAUCAGCCUGAAUGAGUUUGAGGAUGAGGACCUGUCUGAGAUCACAGAUGAGUGUGGGAUGAGUCUCAACUGCAAUGGCCUGGAGAUUAAGGGCUGUGUGAGGCGGGGCCACAAUAGUGUGGUGGGGAAGGCGGAGCUGGGUGCUGUCGGCCAGCUCCAGGCCGAGAUGCUCCAUUUGGAUCUGAUUGACGGGGCCGAUGGAUACCGUGACGACAAGAGGUCAUCUAAGCCAUCUUCCACAGCACCCUUGCCAGUAACCGAGGACCCGCUUCUAGUAACCAUGGAUAUAUACCGCCCUAAGAGACCCACAACCCUUAACCUUUUCCCCAUGGUGCCACACACUCAGGACACAUUAAACAACAACUCAUUUGGUAAGAAGUACAGCUGGCAGGAGAAGGUCUCGCGCUCAUCCUCCCCCCUCAAAACAGGUGGGCUGACCUCUCCCCAUGAGCACAGCUGUCUGAGCGACGAGGACAAGCUGCAGCAGGGAUGUGGGACGCAGACCAAGGACCGGGGCACAUCCACUGACGCUCCCUGCAGACACAAACACACCUUUGGACACACCCACAGUUCCACAGCGGGGACACGCUCCAAACUGCAGGAGAAGCCCCCAGCACCCCCGCCUCCCCAAAACUACACACCCGCACCUCUGGGCCCCCUAGGGAAAGGCGAGGGGGGGACUCACAGAGAGAAGAUUCGCUAUCACACAGACAUAUGCCUAGAACCCACCGAGGAGAUCUAUCUGAGUCCCGUGCACCGUUCCGAGCAGGACCGCCCAUUCCUGUCCCAGCAGCCAGAGCACGGACGCAUGUCAAUCAGCUCUGACACCGAGGGCCCGCCCCCUUACCAGCCUCUGCCCGACCGGACCAACCCAUCCAUUUGUGAGGAGGUUGAGGUGUAUGUGCCCACUCCCUCCUACGCCUCCUGUGUGGAGGCUCUCCUCACCCCUCCCUCUACCGCCCCCCCCAGGGAACCCCCAGCCUUAGCCCUGAACCUCAGCCUGAGGGAAGGAGCAGCAGGGGAGGUGGUGAGGAGAGGGGCAGGGGUGGAGUAUGUAGAUGCCGAGAAUGAGACAUUUGGGGGAGAGGCUGAGGCUGAGAGGGUAAAGGAUGUGGGAGGCAGGCGGUAUUUGGGACGUGGCGGCUGUGGUGCCCCCCAGAGGACUUUGAUGAGCUCGGAAGCAAGUGGUCUGUCUUACGACUCUGUGAAGUACACACUCGUCGUGGACGAGCACGCGCAGCUCGAACUGGUGAGUCUGCGGCAGUGUUACCAAUGUUACAGCGACGACAGCGACUAUGCGACCGUCUACAAAAACAGCGUCUCGUCUCCGUAUGAGUCGGCCAUAGGGGAGGAGGAGGAAGAAGAGAAAGAGGAUGAGGAGGAGAGAGUGGGAAUGGUGAGGAGAGAUGCCACCGCCUGUCUGUCAGAGGACUCCACCCCAGAGGCGAACCUGCACUUCUCUAAGAGGUUCCUCAACAUCUUCAUGAACGGACGGUCCCAAUCCUCCAGUGCAAAGUCGUUUGGCUUGUUCUCCUGCUUCAUUAAUGGGAAGGAGAGGGAACAGAGUCACAGAGCCGUCUACAGGUUUGUCCCUCGCCAUGAUGACGAGCUGGAGUUGGAGGUGGAUGACCCUCUACUGGUGGAGGUACAAGCAGAGGAUUACUGGUACGAAGGCUACAACAUGCGUACAGGCACCCGCGGCAUCUUCCCUGCUUACUACGCCAUAGAGGUCGCCAAGGAGCCAGAGAGCUUCAAAGUGAAGAGCAGUGAAUGGGUAGACAGAUACCACAUGAAAUUCCUGGGCUCAGUCCAAGUGCCCUACCACAAAGGCAACGAUGUUCUGUGUGCAGCUAUGCAGAAGAUUGCCACCAAUAGGAGGAUGACAGUGCAGUAUAACCCACCUUCGUCUUGUAUCCUUGAGAUCAACAUGAAAGGCGUGAAGCUCCUAGUCCAGGAUGACUACCAUGCCUCUGACAGAAGUAACCAGUGCAGCCACUUCUUCCAGUUGAAGGAUGUUUCCUUCUGUGGCUAUCACCCUAAGAACAGCAAGUACUUUGGCUUCAUCACAAAACACCCAGCUGACCAGAGAUUUGCCUGUCAUGUGUUUGUGUCUGAAGAUUCUACUAAACCCCUGGCAGAGUCUGUUGGGAAAGCCUUCCAGUUGUACUAUAAGGAAUUUGUAGAUUACUCCUGUCCGACAGAGGAUAUUUACCUGGAAUAGCACCCGCCCCGACUUCCACCACAACCCUGUACAUUACAGUUUAUCAUGACAUAAAGUUGCAUGACGGAGAAAACAUUUCUAACAAAUAUGAACUAAUACAUCUGACAAAAAGAUGGAGAGAGAGAGAAAGAAGGAGAGGUAUUGGUGUCUACUGUUUAUCCAAAUAUGUCAAACAGUAUGAAGAUUGAACAAGUAGUUGACCAAACAUAGUGGAGAAGUUGAAGAGAGAGUCGCAAAAUAUGCAAAAUGGAGCCACUGAUGAGGAAGUUAAUGUGCCUAUGGUGUCCUCAGGCUGUCCACUCAAAGCACAAUGCUCAAAUCAUAGUGACCUGGACUGGAGUAGUCUGAGACUAAUCUUUGUGGACUUAGAGCUUGAAUCCCAGGUAGAACACUGGGCUUUGUGGACUUGGAGCUUGAAUCCCAGGUAGAACACUGGGCUUUGUGGACUUGGAGCUUAAAUCCCAGGUUGAACACUGAGCUUUGUAGACUUGGAGCUUGGAUCCCAGGUAGAACACUGGACUUUGUAGACUUGGAGCUUGGAUACCAGGUAGAACACUGGGCUUUGUGGACUUGGUGAACCCCAGAAAAACCAGUAGUCACUAAGGUAACAACAAAUGGAGGUCAGGGAAAAUAAAUCAAUAAAGUAAUGAACCUGCCAUAAAGAUCCUAUUAAAUUACUAGUAUUUGAGUAUUCUAAUCCCUAAUUCUAUGGAAUCUCUCAUUUUGGUGUGAUACAUUGCGUGAGGGAAACAGUGAUUCUACAUGUUUGGGGAGGGUGAUAAGGCCUCACUGGAGAGUCCUGUGGUCGAAGGUAACUAAUGAUCAUUGAUCAGAUUACCCUACCCCAACCAUAAAAACAAGUAAACAAGUAAGCAUUAGGGUCACACUGUUGACCAGGAAUAGUGUCUUUAAUAUGCUGCAAAGCCUUUGGUAUUAUCUCGUGUACACUGUCAGAACCAUUAAAAAUAUAUUCACAUUAAGGAAUCAAGAGAACAUUUAUAAAACGGAGGUUCCUACCAAUAAAAGUGCUCACGCUGUUUUCUGUUUGAAAA